GACCAACCUCACACACACUCUCAUCUCGUCUCGUCACUUUUCUGUGGCUCUGCGUUUCUCAGUGGUUACGCUGGCUUGAGGAUUUGUGCUUGAAGAGGAAGGAAUGGCGAAGAAGAAGAACCCUUUGGUUUUUAUGGAUUUGUGCAUUGAUGGAGAUCCUGCUGAAAAGAUGGUUUUCGAGCUUUUCUAUGAUCGUGCUCCCAAGACUGCCGAUAAUUUCCGUGCUCUCUGUACAGGAGAAAAGGGAAUUGGACCAAAGAGUGGGAGACCACUACACUACAAAGGGUCUUUCUUCCAUCGCAUUUUAAAAGGUUACUAUGCAAAGGGAGGUGAUUUUGUCAAAAGGGAUGGCACUGGUGGCGAAAGCAUUUACAGUGAGGAGGAGUUUCCAGAUGAGUCACCGAAGCUAAAGCACAAUGAACCUGGACUUCUCUCAAUGCCUGUUGCUCUUCGUGACUCUCUAGGCUCUCAGUUCAUUAUCACCUUUGAAGCUAAUCAUAGUCUAGACAGAAAGCACGUCAUUUUUGGGAAGCUGAAACAUGGAUGGGACGUUUUGAAAAGAAUAGAAAAUGCGGGUGAUGUAGAUGGGAAUCCAACUGUGACAGUGAAAGUCAUCAACUGUGGUGAAUAUAGUGAAGACAAAAAGAAAGUAAAAUCAGUGAAGGAAGCUUCUUCAGAUGCUAAUAGUCUUGAAUUGAAGCGUAAGGGAAAACACAAGAAAUCUUCAAGAGACAGAAGGAAGAGGAGGAGGAGGAGAUACGAAUAUGAUUCAUCGACAUCUGAAAGUGACUCGGAUUCUGAGUUGGAUUCAUCUGAAUCCGAUAGUGAUCCUGACUCUGAUUUAUCCUCAUCCUCUUACGACAGUUCUUCAAGUGAUGAUAGACGUAAGAAAAGAAAGAGGUCUUAUAAAAGAGACAAGUAUAAACGUGCAAAAAGGCGGGACAAGGGAAGAGACAAAAAGCGUAGACGCCGUGAUAAGAGAUCUAAGAUCAGAUCAAGAAGGGCCUCUGACAGCCUUACAGAUACUGAGGGUGACAGUAACGCUGGAGAUGAUGGUCUUAAUGCAGAAAGGAAGGAUAAGAAGUCUAAAAAGGAGACCUCACAGAAAGCUGUGGAUGAAGAUGCUACUUCAAAUCACCUCAAAAGGAGGGAGGAAGAAAUUGUGCUUGAGAAAGAAAGUGCAUUCCCCAAGGAGAAUGGAGAGCAGCGGAGCAAUGGCCUGCGAACAGAUCUUAAAUAUGACAAAACUGCAGAUAGGCAACCGGACAUAGUUGAUGAUCACCCAGGCAAAUCUAGGAGCCGAAGCUUGAGUCCUAAAAGGAUCCUGAGUAAGAGUAUGAGUAUUAGUCCCAGGAGGAGUCCGAUCAAGAGUCCAAGUGUAAGUCCCAUGAGCCAGAGUUCGAGUGUCAGUAGAAGCCCUCCUCGUGCCCCUCAAAGGAGUAGAAGCAUCAGCAGGAGUCCUGUUAAAAGUGAUAGCAGUAGAAGCCCAGCAAGAGGUUUCAGCAGGAGUCCAGUGAAGAGUUGGAGGGGUAGGAGUAGGAGUCCAGUUAAAUCUCGGUCUCAAAGAACUAUUAGCAAUAGUCCUGCAUCCCUACCGAGACGAAGUGUUAGCCCAAGCCCUCCUAGAAAAGUAGCUAGAAAAUCAAUAAGCAGAAGCCCUGUGAGAGUUUCAAGAAGCCGAAGCCCCGCUAGAUCUUCUCGAAGGAGUGCAAGUAGAAGCUCGGGUAGGAUUGCUAAUAGGAAAAACAUUAGCCGCAGUCCUGUCAGGCCGGUUGGUGGGAAUAACCGCCGCAGCUACUCAAGGAGUCGAAGCCCAGUACGCCGGGUUAGAUCACCUCCAUCUGAUAGGGAUAGGAGCUUGUCAAGAAGUGUUUCACCUGAUGGCUCACCCAAGCGCAUUAGAAGGGGACGGGGUUUUAGCCAGCGGUACUCUUAUGCACGGCGGUACAGAACUCCUUCAUUAUCUCCUGUGAGACCAUAUCGUUAUGGAGGUCGAAGUGAUCGUGACAGGUAUUCAAGUUAUAGAAGGUACUCUCCAAGGCGUUAUAGAAGCCCACCGAGAGCAAGAACACCUCCGAGAUACAGGAGCAGAAGAACCAGGUCUCCUGUAUCACGUAGCCCCCGUCGUGGUCGCCGCUACAGUAGGAGCCGUAGCCCAAUCCGGAGCCGCAGUCCAAUCCGAAGUCGUUCUCGCUCCCCAGUGGAGGUGGCUGCUCGGGUUGAGAAGCGCAGAUCUCCUUCAAGAAGCAGGAGCCCAUCAGCUUCAAGGUCCUCAGACUCUCCAUCUCCAAGGCCAAGGGGCAAGAACAAAUCAAGAUCCUCGUCAGACAGUCCAAACGAGAAGAAGGGCCUGGUUUCUUAUGGUAAUGGUUCCCCAGACUCUGAGUGAAGGAUGAUGACAUUGCAGCAGCUGCUGAGGGUUUCUCCUCUAGUUUCUGAAGCUACUGAGCAGUAGUUUUACCUGGUUAUCGACCAUAGCUUAGAACAUUAAUAAUUGGCAUGUUUGAGCAUAUCUUUUGAAACAAGUAACUUUUGGUACUAUGAGGCUAUGCGAUAUUGAUGUGAUUUUAUUGUAGGGGCUGAGAAUUGUGCAUUGUCCGUCGGAAUUCUAUUCUUUUUGCAACGGAGUUGCUUUUUUUAAAUAUACACUGCUAGGUACUUUAC